GCAUACUGUCUUCGAUGGCCACGUCCUACCACGACUGGCAUCGGAGAAGGUAGUUGUUGCCCCCACUUCGCCCUCCGCUGUCAAGAUUGAAGAAGAAUUUGAAGCUGAUAUCAUGCAAAACAUCAACCGGAGCUCCAACACCCCCAUCUCCGUGCACCGUGUCAUGUUUGGACCCGAAGGCUGGGCGGACCUACCACAUGGAUUAUUGCACUCCAUCAUUGUCCUGUUGGGUUCAACUCGUGGCCUUCUUGCAUUCAUCGCCACCUGCCCUAGCUGGUAUGCCGCAUUCAUGUCAAUCAAAUCUACCUUAGGCAAGCUCUUCCCAACUGUUAUUUUCCGGAACCGUGCCGACCAGACAAGUUCAGCUGGCUCUAACAUUGGAAACACAUGGGAGCUCAUUGAUCCUGUAUAUCCAAGUACUCCGUUGUGUCGCUUGACCCCUCCAAGUAUUUUGGACAAAAUGGCAUUCGUCAAAUGUUCUUAUGGUCAUGCGAUUUUCUGCUACGACAGAUCCCUUGUCAUUAUGGACGUGCUCACUGGCACUAUGGUUGCAGCUCCACCUUUCCCAUUGAGUCAACUAUGCUACAUAACCUUCAUAUCUCCAGAGGAGUCACCAGAUUCAUAUCUAUUUGUCAGCAGCCCGCACUGCCUGUACGCUUGGCGAGUUGGGAGCCCCUCUUGGUUGCACUGCGAUUUUCUAAAUGCACAUUUGAUCAAGGAGAUGGUGUCCUUCAAAGGCCGGGUCAUUAUGAGGAUGCGUCAAAAACUAUACACCGUGCAUUUGGCACCUCAGUUUCAUGUUGAGGUACUAAGAGUUGAUUGCAGAGAUUAUAUGGACCCGUAGGUGCUUUCCGGAAAUUUGGUGGCUUGUGAAGACACACUUCUCCUACUUGGUCGUAACGGGGAAGCCUUCUCCAUUGACUUCUCAACUGAACCUGCAAAGUAUGUGAGCAUGGAAGAGGGAGGCUUGAAGAAGUGGGCGUUCUUCUUUGGCAAGAAACGUACUGGACAGCAACGAAUCUUAGUGAACCCAGAGAGAAUGGGUUUAAGGGGUGGCCUUGUCUAUCAGUUGGAUGAAAACGCCCGAGUAUUUUCAUACCCAGUAGAUGGCAACCAAAAUGAGGAGUUGGAGCCAGAACCUUGUUUUGCGACGAUCAAUGCUUAUCUUGCUCGCAAUCAUACAUCCUUUGCAGCUUGGGUAUGAGAUCGUGUCAUUGCACCGCGCAGUUGUCUUGUUGU